AAACUUACAUUUGUCAAACCUACAAUGAAUUCGUGGCUAAGGGAAAUAACAUCGCGAAAAUUUCGAUAAAAUUUUAAUUAAUGUUAGUAAUAUCACAGUUAAUACAUAAAACAUAAGGAACAAUGGGGAUUGCUGUAACAAAAUAUUCAGAUAUAUCGACCAAUGAAUUGGUAGCAAGAUUCUGUUCUAAUGAGAUAAUAUGUCCCAAUGACCCAUUCUGGAAUCAACUUCUCGCUUUUAAUAUACAGAUACCAUCCAAUGUCGAGGAACAGCUGAUGUUAGAUUCUAGUGCAGAAUCUUUACUACAGAAAUUCUUACAAAACAAUCAACAGACAGGCAAUCUGGGCUCUCUAGUACAGGUUUUUAUAACACGAGCAACGGAACUUUUAGCUGCACCAAAUUCAGACAAUGUAAUGUUAGCUUGGCAAAGUUACAACGCUCUGUUCGUGAUACGUGCGGUUACUAAGUAUUUGGUGGAGCUAGUACCGGAAUACGAACUCUGCAAACAUUUGGACGUGCAAGGGAGGACUUUGAAUUCCCCCACUCCACAAGAACAGUCACCGUCAUCAUCCCCAACACAAGAAGCAAGCUCGCCAGACCUGCAGGCAACCAAAGCGGUUAACGGGGAGAGUCGAGUUGAGAUGCUCAUUGAUGCCCUGAUCGGAUUAAUCAUUGAUGUGCCAAUAACCGACAACACUUACUACCUGCACCUGGAAUGCCUCAACACGCUGCUGGUGCUGAUGUCGGUGUACAUGUUCGCCGGCGCGCACGGACAGACGCAGCUCGUUGAAACGUCCUUGAUAUUCAGAACUCUUUUCCAAGGCAGAUAUAGUAUGCACGCUCCUUUACUAGUGAAGACUCUGCUGACAAAUCUUUCAGUGAUGCUGCCGGCCCCCCCACAGUUCGGGGCCCAGGGGCCCGGUAGCUUGUUGAUCAAUAUAGCGUCCAGCUUAUGGAGCAUGCUAACGUUCAGUCCGACCGCUCGUCAGACGAUAUACACGAACCCCCCCGUGGACCGGCACGAGCUGCUGGACCGUCUGAAGAAGGAGCACCCGGUGGCGAACCAGUCCUGUCUCCUGCUGCUGGCGCUCGCCAACCACUGCAUCCACGAGGAUAACUUGUAUCGAGUCGCUCUGCUGCACUGUGAAGACACAUCCGACACAUCAUCGACCACACCACACCGGGACACAAACGGUAGCGUCACUCAAGUCACUCCUCCUCGGAUAGACUUGGCUGCUCUCCACAGAGCCCUGUGCGCGACGGCGGGCUGCGAACAUUCCACACUGCUGCUGUACCUGAUGCUGCACUCGUGUAAGGCGUACAAGCGCCAGGUCAGCAACGGACCGAAUAUUGAAAAUUUGCUAGUUCCGAUCCUGCAAGUGCUGUAUAACGCCCCGGACAGCACCUCCCACCACAUUUACAUGUCGCUGAUAGUACUCCUGAUAUUGACCGAGGACGACUCGUUGAUCAAAAACGUGCACCUGAUCAUGCUGAAGAACAUCCCGUGGUACACGGAGCGCUCCAUCUCCGAGAUCUCGCUGGGCGGGCUGGCCGUGCUGGUGGUGGUGCGCGCGCUGCAGUACAACAUGGCGCGCGUGCGCGACAAGUACCUGCACACCAACUGCCUGGCCGCCAUCGCCAACAUGAGCUGUGAAUUUAGGAACCUCCACCCGUACGUCGCCCAACGUCUCGUGUCACUGUUCGAGACGUUAACGAAGCGGAGAGCGAGGCUGUGCACCGAGAUAGAGGGAGGUGAUAUAAAUAGUAUAGAAUUGCCACAUCACGCAGAAGAAAAAACAGAAGAAAUUAUGGAACACAUAGCAGUCCUGGAUGAAGUUCUAAGGAUGCUCCUCGAAAUAAUCAACUCGUGUCUGACGCAUCAGCUUUCGAACAAUCUGAACUUGGUGUACGCUCUGCUUCACAAACGGCAGCUGUUCCAGCAGCACGCUCAUCAUCACAUCGCGCAGAACAUUGAAAUGGUGAUUGGCUAUUUCUCGACUCGACUACAGAGGGUGCAAGAGGGUGCGGGUAGUGACCUCGGAGUGACGGAAGUGUUACAGUGCAUUAAGAAGGGAGCGGAGCAGUGGUCCAGUGAUAGGCUUAAGAAAUUCCCCGACCUGAAGUUCCGCUACGUGGAGGAGGACCGGCCCGAGGAGUUCUUCACGCCGUACGUGUGGGCGCUGGUGGCGGCGUGCGGCGGCGUGUACUGGGCCAGCGAGCGCGCCGACCUGCUCGCGUGAUGGCGGCCCAUCCGGCUGCAGAGGACCGACUGCCGGGACCGGCCCGGCCCUCGACUGUAGCUCCUGUACUACAUCCUUUCGAUAUAUGUUUGUAUUCUAGUUCCUAUUCAAGUGGAUAUUUAUAAUCUUGUCCUGUUUGCGCGCUAUGAGAAUGGGGACUUUGUCAAAGUGAAACGAAUAUGACGGUUCACGAAUUAAGAAGCGGUAGCAAAUUAAUUCUGACAAAUUAAUUUUCCUGCUCUAUAUAAGAUGUUAACAGAUUAUGUCUGUAGAUGUUUAUGUAGGUGUUUGUAUGUAUUUAUGUUACAAAACAAUAGUUUGUCAAUAAUUUACUUUUCUUUCUAUUUAUUAUUGUGCUGUAAUAAUGUUAUUAUCAAUAAUUUAAUUGUACAAACGUAAAUCGAUGAAAUAACGCAUCAGGAAAUCUCAAGUAAGAUGUCUACACCAGCAAACAAGCAUUGAUAUACAUACGUAUAUUCUAUGUCAGACAAGAAUUUUCAUGUUAGCAAUUUCUUUAAAUACUCGUAGCAGAUAGAACUAAAGUUCGCUACAGCGAUAGAUCUGUGUUAUGUCAUCUAAUCUAACUAUUAAAAUAUACAGCGUUAGAUCGCUUAAUGAGGUAAGUUAUCCAGCGACCAAAACGUCGUAAGGGCCGGGAAUGUAAUGGCGCUUACGCUUUUCAUUCAACGUAGUGUAACAAUAUAUCGUAUCUGUCGAUUUUUUUUUCUAUUGUGGCGUUAUGAUGUAAUUAGCUAUUUAAGUUCAGCAUCACACAUUAUAUAGGAUUUUCGCCACUUAUUAGCGCCGCUCCGUGCACGUCCACACUUAAAAAACGGCGAAACAACACUAAAGUCAGGUGUACGGACAACAGUACAGUUCACUCGAAGAUUUAUUGUUCAAUUUAACGCUAGUAUUAAGUCUACAAACGCGACAACGACACGACAACGACGCGACAUCGAGCAUCGACGCGAGUUUGCCGACGUCACCGACGACGCGCUGGCGGCGGACCGCGAGUGUCCCAGUUCCGAAAGAUCAUAUCCCAUUCUCAUCGCGCGGGACUUAUAAUAUCGAUGCCUCUGGUGUUAUUUGUUUAUUUGAAUCGUAUUAAUUAUAUUGGAAUCGUUUUUUUAAUUAUAAUAAUUGGUGUAAACUUUUUGCAUCGGAGGUAUUUAUAUACGGAUGUCAUGAGAUAAUGACAUAUUUAAACACAGUCAGACACUGGUCUCUGCAGAAGUAAAUGUAUAAAUAAUUCAAUUUAAACUGAAAAAAAAUAAUAUUUUAUUUAUUUAUUAUAUUAUUUAUCCUUAUUAAUUAUACUUAGUGUUAAGAACAACA